AUGACUGAGCCACUUCCAAAGCGGCCAAAGACGGAAAUGGAAAAAAAUGGAGAUAUUGUAAAGAUGGGUGACUAUGAUACUGCCACACAAAAAAUAUUGGAGCAAAUUGAUCAAGUUGAACAGAAAUACAAUUCGCUUCGAAAGCCAUUUUUUGACAAACGUAAUGAUCUUGUUCGGGACAUUCCAAAUUUUUGGGUCACAGCAAUUGUGAAUCACCCCACAAUUAGUCGGAUACUAAAUGAAGAGGAGGAGGAAUGUUUGCACUAUCUCACUGUACUUGAGGUAGAAGAGUUUGAUGACAUAAAGUCCGGAUACAGAAUUAAAUUGACCUUUGAUGAGAAUCCUUUUUUUGAGAAUACUCAGCUUGUUAAAGAGUUUUUUCUCGGGGAUUUUGAGCCAACAAGUACUACAACUGUAAUAAACUGGAAACCGAAUAACGAUCUUCUUAAUAAAGUGCAAAUGAAAGCCAAAAGUUUGGUCAGAGACGAUAGUACUGGGACGUAUCGUUCAUUUUUUAUUUGGUUGUUGGACAAUCAGGAUCCAAGUAACGAUGAAAUUGCUGAACUGAUCAAAGAUGACCUGUGGCCAAAUCCUUUGCAAUACUUUUUGGUACCGGAAAUGGAUGAGACAGCUGGUGUUUCUGGAGAUGAUGAAACUUUUGAGGACAUUUUUGAAGAAGCAGAUGAUGCGGGGGACGACAAUGACGUCUAG